ACUUUUCUGUCGGUUGUGACCUUGCGCAAAUUCGGUUAGGCUCAGUAGCUACUGCUUUGGUACGAUCUCGGUAUUCUUGCGAUACCACGAGAUCGCCAACAAAUACAUCACGACUACAGCCAUCAACUGCCUUCUGAUAUUUGGCUUACGGGGGGUCUUAUCGGUUAACUGGCACGUAGUCUUCCUGUAGUGGUGAUCAUAGUCAACCGCGACUCGACGCCACACAACAACUUAUCUCAGGGAGAUUUUCAAUUUCAUCUUAGAGUAUGGGGGGAAAAAAGCACAGAAAUUUUCGAAGGCCAAAAUACGAAAUCAUGCGACAUUCAAGACAUGAAUUCAAUUUCUCCGUUGUUAUAUGGUUACCUCUUUUACCACUUUUGAUUAUUUGUAUCGGAGAUUACUUCAGAAAGAAGACAUCAUCGAAAAAAGAUGUGUGCUGGGAAAGCCUGAAUAAUAACGUAUCAGUUUCAAGAGAGGCAGUGGAUUGGGUCUCAGCUGAGAUUUCUCAUCUUCGUAGAUUAUUUGACCUCAUUGAAAGUACCUCAAUCAGAACAAAGAAGAAGGAUCAGAUAACAAAUGUAGAUCGAAUAGGUAUUUCUCAUGAAACACUUAGACGUCGUGUUUUGAAUUACGUUCAUGAAGCACGAUACACUUUGAACAAUUUACGCAACAUUUUUACCCAAUUAAAAAAAGUUAAUCAAAAGGAAUUGGACACUGAAACAGUUUCAUCGAUACAAGCAUCGUUAGUUCGUUAUCGACAGAAUAUGGAGGAAACUAUUUCACACUUGCAACUUAUUCUUAACAAACUAGGUGAAUUAGAUGAAUUUUCACAAAUCAGAAAGAAUGGCUUAAAUAAGCUUUCACAGCGAUUACAGGAGAAGAUUCAAAAACAACAGAAUCCAUCAGAUUGUAAAAAGGCCAAAUAUAUGACAUUUGACUUCACUAAUUUAUGUGGAUUGGGUUGUAACAUGCAUCAACUUAUGUACUGCUUACAAUUGGCUCUUGAAAAUGAACGUGUUUUAGUAUUGAAGAAACAUUAUCAUGGAGAUAUAUUUCGAGAAUGGCUUCAUCAGAGCAUGUUACCACUUUCUGACAAAUGCAGUUAUUUGGACUCAGAUGGUAGAUUAGAUAACAUCAAUUGUCCUUGGAUUGUAAAGGCUCCCCAAGUACAUAACUGGUUGCCACAUGUUCUCCCGAUAGAUAUGAAUAAAGAAUUAUUACGUUUACACGAGGCACCCUUUGUUUGGUUUGCUGGUCAACUAGCAGGUUACAUUUUGCGUCCAAAACCACAAUUUGCACAAUUAAUCAAUGUAACCUUGAAGAGCUUUAAAACGAGUGGUGAUCCUGUUGUUGGUGUGCAUAUCAGGCGUACCGAUAAGUUAAUUUGGGAAGCUCAGUUUCAUGACUUAUCUGAGUACAUGGAACACGUGGAUAAUUUCUUUGAUUUACAAAGUGUUCAUCUCUUGACAAUGUCAAAGAGACAUGACAUGAAUGAAGAGAGAUUUGGAUCAGUUUCUGAAAGAAUCAUUAGAACAAAUAACUCUGUUCAAGUUAAGCGAAGUGUUUACUUGUCGACAGAUGAUCCGAAUAUUUUUACUCAACUACCCUACAGUUAUCCAAACUACACCGUCUAUGGUAGCCGAGGUAGAUCGCAGUCAGCUAAUAUGAAUAUGCGGAUGUCAGUUAAUUCAAUGAAUAAUGCAAUUAUUGACAUCAUUGCACUUUCAAUGACGGAUUUCCUUGUGUGUACAUUUUCAUCGAAUGUUUGUCGUUUAGCCUAUGAGUUAAUGCAAACACGUCAUAUGGAUUUGGGUGAUGCAACACAAUUAUUUCAUUCAAUCGAUAAGUUUUACCAUGAAGAAGAUUACAAAAGAAUGAAAUUUGAUGUGAUCAUUCCAGAUAUGAAGGUAAAUUUAAAGUAUGGUGAUGUAGUGGAAAUUUCCCAAAUUAACUGGAACGGUUCAGUGUUAGUAAAACCACAGCAAUCAAGUGAAAAUAUACAUAAUAAAAACCAAAAGGGUAUGAAAAACGACUUAUUCAUUGCACCUGCUUACAAGUUGAGACCAAUAAUAAACAUGACUGGAUUCAACUGACCAAGUGAGAUUGUUUCAACAGACUAUAUAUCACUGUAGAUUCAGUUUUACACCGCCAUUUUUAUUCCGCUGAGGUUUUGGUGUCUAACAUUAUGCUGCUCAAUAUUUUAUGCACAGCUAAUAACUUAUAUUCACAUUCUUAUAAAUCUGUUGACUAUCACUGAUGUAUGUUUCAGUUAAUUCUUUAUUGAAAUUGUACGGUACUACCGUAAUAGAUGUGAUUCAAGAAACAACAUUGACAAAUUAGAGUUGCUGAUUGACAACAUGAAAAUAUUCACGGAGAACUCACUUUAUUUUUAGUCUUAUGAGUUCGAUUUGAAUGAGUGGAAAUUGUGUGUUGUGAGAAUAGGAAAUGUUUCCAAUGUUCUAUUAUAUCUAAUUGUAUCACUUCGUAUUCAGACCGACUACUCUAUUAUUAUUAUUAUCAUACGGAAUGAAUCUAAUUUGUCAUUUUUGAAACUGUUCAGACAUGAAUGUAGAGAGAUUUGGAUCUGUUUUGUUGGAGUGAUCCAGAAAAUUGUUUGCAAAAGACAAGCAAGCAUCAGAGAUCACUAAGAUGCGUUUCGUUCAAUCAGCGUUUGCUUGAAAUUUUUGCCAAAAAAUAUCAAGGAAGCGAAACGUCAUAUAUAGACGUUCUGAUUGGCUGGUUGCUACACUGCUACUAUGUUUAGUAGCAUUCCAGAAUGUUCGAGCAACCCAAAGACAUUUAUAAUAUUAUAAAAACCUUGUAUUUUCUGUAUUAAAAUGAACCUUGGAGUAAACUACUUCUCACAU